AUGCAUUAGGGAAUUCAGGCUGAAACUUUCAAUACUAAUUUUCUUCCAAGCCAGCCACAACUUUGUAUGUAGCAAUCCUCCUUGAAGUGGGAUUAUUGUUCAAAUUUUGCUACUUUCUGGUCUGUAUUGAAUUUUCUCUUUUUUUCUUUACACUUCUGUUGAAUCAUAGAAUUCAAUCUGCUGGUUAAUUUCAUCUGAUGCCCAGACUUGGAUUAAGAGACAUCACAAGCACUGGUUCUGCUGUUUGUAAUAGUGUUAUCGACACUGUCGCUUUUGAUAAGGAUCCUUCAACUGUAAAGACAGACUUCUUAGAGGAUCAUGCUUCUGUUAAAUCAGACACUGACAUUGACUCAUUUGUUCCUUGAUGACUUGGCCUUAGUGCAAACAGAUUUUACUGAGACUUCUAACCUUAAGUUGUUGCCAAUGACAUUUAAACUUACUCUCAAGUAAUUGGUAGUAUCUCUUAUCCUAGAUUGAUUAUGUAAGGUAAUUUUUAUUUGAUCACAUCUUAUGAGGUAUGUCACCUUUAUUCCCAGAAUAGAGAAGAAAUCAGACUUCCAAAGGGUUUGGAGGAUAUUCAUACCGAGUCCCAAUCCCAAAUUGUUCAAAAACUUAAGCAGCGGAUCCAUGAAGGAAGGCCUACUUCAGAAAAUGAUGAAGAUGAUGAUGCUCAUAAACCAUGUAGGAAACUGAGAAAGAGGAUAGCCAAGUGCAGUACUGACCAAAUUGAAGUUGGAAGCAAUGAUGAACGUGAUAUUGACAACUUUAAUGUCUCUCAGAUGGAUAACAGCCAAAGUGAUGAUUGUCAUAGGGAUGAAGAUAUGCCUAGGCCAAAGAGGACCAAGAGAAAGUCAAAGAGGCAGACAAAUGAAAUCGAAAAACCCACUCCGAAGCGUAAGAAAGCCUUUGAAAAACCUGAUUCUGUUGUAGAGAAUUCACCUAAAAAGAAGUUUCCUCAUGCCACAAGGCGAAGGAGAAGGCAAGUGAACAAAGUUUUACUGCAAACACCUGAAGAUGAGAUUGACCCGAGACAGAUUAGCAUAAGAGACCUAAUAAUGCUUGCAGAAGCUAAGGAGCGUAUAGCAAGUAAAGAAGCGGCGGCAACGAGUAAAUUAUUCUCAGGUCAGAGCUUUGUAUUCAUUCUGUAGAAAAGGUCAGAAAAACACUUGUAGAUGGCAUACAGGGGCUUCUGUUGAAUUGUAGAUGCACUUUGCAAAGAAGCAAAUUAAUGCUUUUGGUGAGUAUACUGUGUUAGGUUCAGUUGUGUGUGAUCUAUUAUUAUGGAGCAGAGGCAAUAUGGUUUCUCUCAACUAAAACUUUUCUUAUUAUGACUUGGUUCAGUAUUGACUUUUAAUUCUUAUAUAUAUAUUAUUAAUUGGCUAGUUUGAUUAUUUUAAAAUCUAACUGCUGUCCUUUCUUUUGUGGCUAUUUUAUGAAUGCUUAAACUGUGCAAUGUCAUGAAUUAUAUUGUUGUUAAUAGUGAUAACAAGUAAAAUUCGGUGGUUCAAUUUUAACAAUUUUUUUGAUGAUCCUGUUCUAUACUUCUCUUAGAUCUUUGUCUU